ACAUCUGGAAAGGAUCUGACUUGGGAAAGGGGGAAAGUGUUCCACGCUUCAAAUGUGUAAGUGACAUGGCAUGAGCAAACGAAGCCUGUCGGGGGGCAAGAGAAACACUUUUAUCUGGACACGUUCAUUACUAUCUGCUAAGCAAAGUUUCAGUGGAAAUGUACCCAAAGUUCAGACCCCUGUUUCCUGUGCUGUGGCUGUUGGUAUGGAGCUCCACCAGGAUUCAAUGUCAGAAGAAUGAAGACAGCAAUGAAUUCCCAAACAUGUCAUCUGAACUAUUUGAUCUGGAUCGCAAUUCCUUGGCACCAGAUUGUCCUAAAAAAUGCACUUGCAACCCAGAGGGAAUUGUGGAUUGUGGAGGGUUUUCCCUGAAAGUGUUUCCCAUAGAUGUGCCAGAAAUGACAAGCCACCUUUCCUUACAGAACAACCAGAUAGAAGAAAUCUUUCCAGAAGAGUUGGCACGUCUUUAUAGGCUAGAAACCCUCAACUUACAAAACAACAGACUCACUUCCAAAGGACUGCCAGAGGAAGUAUUUGACCAGUUGGAGAACCUGAAUUAUCUCUAUCUUGCAAAUAAUCAGCUUACAGUGGCUCCAAAAUUCCUCCCCAGGGCCUUGAUCAGUGCUGAUUUUGCAGCGAAUAACCUCACUAAGAUUUAUGAUCUCACAUUUGGACAGAAGCCAAACCUGAGGUCAGUUUACCUUCACAACAAUAAACUUGAAGAUGCAGGGCUACCAGAGAACAUGUUCAAUGGUUCUGACAAUGUGGAAGUCUUGAUUAUGUCCAGCAAUUUUUUAAAAAAUGUUCCAAAGAAUCUGCCACCAGCACUAUAUAAAUUGCAUCUAAAGAAUAACAAGUUGGAGAAGAUUCCCAAAGGAGCUUUCAGUGAGCUUUCAGGACUUCGAGAACUGUAUUUGCAGAACAACAAAUUGACAAAUGAAGGCAUGGACAAUGAAACCUUCUGGAAACUCUCAAGCCUUGAGUACCUGGAUUUGUCCAGCAAUAAUCUUUCCCAAAUACCUAGUGGCUUACCUCGGAACAUUGUCCUUCUUCAUUUAGAGAAGAAUGCAAUUAAAUCAAUUGGCAAAGAUGUCUUGACUCAGAUCAAGAACCUGGAAUACCUACUGCUUCAUAAUAAUAAACUGAAGGCCCGUGGGAUUCAUCCAUUAGCUUUCCAGGGCCUGAAGAAAUUACACACUGUCCAUUUGUACAAUAACCAGCUGGAAAAGAUCCCAAGUGGAUUGCCCAGGCGGGUGAAAACUCUUAUGAUUCUUCACAACCAAAUCUCAGAAAUUAGCAGGAAUGAUUUUGCUACAACUUAUUUUAUGGAGGAACUAAAUCUGAGUUACAAUAAGAUCAGAAGCACACAGAUUCAUCGGGAUGCCUUCCGUAAGCUGAGGCUACUGAAGUCCUUGGAUCUUUCGGGCAAUAACCUCCACACCAUGCCCUAUGGCUUCCCAAAGAACCUUCUGAACAUGAAGCUUAAAGUGAAUGAGAUCAGCUCUAUUCCCAAGGGCACAUUAUCUGGAAUGACAAAGCUGCAGGAACUGUACCUGAGCAACAACAAACUGAAAGUCAGUUCAAUUCAUAGUAGCUCAUGGAGGGAUCUCCUCAGUCUCAAGAUAUUAGAUAUGGCUGGGAAUUUACUGAAUUCCAUUCCAUCUGGUUUGCCAGCAUCAUUGGAAUAUCUGUACCUGCAGAACAACAAGAUCACCACAGUGCCAGAAGAUGCCUUUGAAUCCACACCUAAUAUAAAGGGAAUUUAUCUCAGGUUUAACAAGAUUGCAUUCCAUGCUGUCAAAGAAAGCACCUUCCAAAGAUUGAAGCAUCUGCAAGUACUGGACAUUGAAGGAAACUUUGAAUUCAGUGACCCUACGAAUAAUGGGGAUCAUUCAGAUGAGGAAAUGGAAGAAGACGAGGAAGAGGAAGAACAGGAGGUGGAAACAAAAUGAAGAUAACCCUUGACUGAACCAAGCGUAUCACAUGGUAGAGGAUUAAAUGCAUUUCUAAGGGGACACAGAUGUACCAUCUCUUUACUCAACUCAGUUUUCUGUAGCAAAAAUGUCAUUUUGACCCAGUAUUGUACAUUGUAAAAUUAGCAAAUAAGCAUCUGUGAUGGGGCAUAAAUCUGUGCUACUGAAAUAAUGCAUUUGGUGACAUUACAAAUUGAUUCAAAUAAGGAUAUUACAAAGGGAUAAGAAUCUUUUUGAAGUAGCACAGUGGUGUCAAAUCCGUUGAGGCUUUCCAGCAAGGCAAGCCAUGUGCUGUACAUUAUCUACAAGGUGGUUGUGCACUGAUGAUGAUUACACCAGUUUCCAUUCUGCACCUCAUUGCUCAAUAAACUGCGGGAUAAUUUGCAGUACUCUAAUGUCUGUGGUGCAUGAAAAGCUGCCUAUCUCUGGCUGCCUUUGUGCAUUAUCCAUAUUGCAAAGGCAUAGGAGAGGUAAUUCCUUAAAACAUAAGUCAGACUGGCAAUCCAUCGAGCUCAGCAUUGUUCACACUGAAUGGAAGUAGCUGUCUUGAAUUUCAGACGGGGUCUUUUCUACCUCUAACAGGAUCCCAGGGACUCAACCUGGGGCUGUCUGCAUGCAAAAUUUGUGCUCUACCACUGAGCCACAGUCCUUCUCCAAUGUUUAAAACUGCUUUUUUCCAAAAAGCCAAGGUACCCUCUGGAAGUCCUCUCCUCUACUCCUCUCCUCUCCUCCUGAUCAAGAAUGAGUAAGGGCUGUCUUAGUGCAGGCCUGCCAAAUCUGGUGCCUUCAAUCUGCCUAGCAGAUUGUUAGUCUGCUAGUCCCAUAAUUUCCAACAAGUACAGCGAUGGGAAGUCUGGAGGGCUUCAGACCAGGAAAUGCUAUUUUAGUGGACUGCUUUAAUCAUGGCUAAAUAAAACUAGUUAAGGAGCAAUCCUAUGCCUAGUUAGACAGGAAAAAGAAGUCCUACUACUUCCAGAAUUCUCUAGGUAGCUGUGCUGGCUGGAGAAUGCUGGGAAAAUUAUGACUGAUUUCUGUGUAACCAUGUGUAGGACUGUUCCCUUAAAUCUUCCUUAGUUAUUGGGUUGGGAGGAGGGUUGCCCUUCUAUUAAAAGUGGGUUAAAAUUAAAUAAAUAAUAAAGUAGGAUAACAUGUAAUGAAUAGAUAGAUAGAAUCAGGCUUCAUCUUAUGCAGAAACUGAUUGAGAAAAAGGAUAUGUAUUCCUGUGUUUCUACAUCCCUAUGUAUACCUGUAUCUAUAGGUAUACAAAGAGCACACAGCAGAAAGUACAGUGAAUCACUCACACUUAAGUGGUUGGCUCACGUGUGGCCAGGCCAGGCCAGGCCAGGCCAGGCCAGUUGAGGGCAAUUGUCCCUCCAGUGCCAUUUCCACUUAUUCUUUUCCAAGUAUUUUUGGGAUCAUCAGGGAUUUGGGGGGAAUUUGCAAAAGCUGGCUUUUGUUUCCCUUCUUUGACUUCUUCUAUGGCUUUAAUCUGUAACCAAAAGUGAGGCUUUUGAGAGUGAAUGCCCCAAAACAGUGCUACUUUGUCUCUGCAUCCCAGUGAACCACUAUGCUCAGUGAUGGGUGAACAAGGAGGCAUCCUGUGCAGUUUCAUCUGGUGGAGCAAUGCGAGGCGUCUCUCAGCCUUCAAAUGGCAGCAAGACAAGCUUGUCACAUGGGACACAUUUGUCCACUUUUUGGUUCAGUUCAGUAUGUAUAUAUGGUUGUUUUAAAAGAUACCAUAUUAUGGCUGGAUCCCACUCAUAAUUUAUCCCCAUUCGCAAAGCCUGCAAUAUGCACCUACCUUCAUGAACUUUUAAAAUAACAAAUUAUUAUCUUUUGUGAUCAUUAAAAUCUUUAUUUUUGGCUUUCA